GCAUGUAAAUGAUUAACAUGGUCAUCUGCUGUGUGAUAACGUCCACCUUGGCCAAAGAGGAGGCGUGACGGGCUUCUCUGGAAAUCUCCAGAAUCCAGGCGGAGAACAGCUGAGUGUGGAGGAAAAGGGUAGAGACUUCAGACACUACAACGGACAGACACAAACUGGCUCAUGACUUAGACCCAGCGGAAAAAACAACUGAAGAAGUCGCGUAGAUUGUGCGAUUUAGGUCUCUGUGUUUGUGAGACAGAAGUGGAAAUAAUGUUAUCUAGGGCUUUAGCGCAUGUAUGUAGACUUAUGGGGGUCAUGUCCUUUGUCGUGGCUCAAAUCACGGCUCAGGAUCAGUACAUGACCAGAGCUUUGAAUCUCAUGUCUGAGACUCCUCUGAUAGAUGGUCAUAACGACCUGCCCUGGCAGCUCCGGGAACGGUUUAACAACCAGCUGAACAAAGUGGAUCUGAACACGCUGAACACUACACACACCAACAUCCCCAAGAUCAAGGCGGGGAAGCUGGGGGCACAGUUCUGGUCAGCCUUCGUCCCAUGUGAUACUCAAUACAAAGACGCAGUGAGACAGACAUUGGAACAGAUCGAUGUGAUCCACAGGAUGUGUCAGAAGUAUCCAGAAACAUUUCGCUUCACCACCAGCAGCCAAGAGAUCAGAGCGGCGUUCAGUGAUAAAAGGACGGCCUGUCUGAUCGGGGUGGAGGGGGGUCAUUCCCUGGACAGCUCCCUUGGGACCCUGCGCGCCAUGUACCUCCUGGGGGUCCGCUACCUCACCCUGACACACUCCUGCAACACACCCUGGGCUGAUAACUGGCUGGUGGACACCGAGUCUGGACACUCCGAACACAACGGGCUCUCUCCAUUUGGCAAGCAAGUGAUCAAGGAGAUGAACCGGCUGGGAAUGUUGAUAGACCUAUCCCAUAUGUCAGUGGAGGUAAUGAACCAGGUACUAAACAUGUCGGCAGCCCCCGUCAUCUUCAGCCACUCCUCUGCUUACGGCAUCUGUCCUCACAAAAGAAACGUCCCCGACAACAUUCUCCUCAAGGUGAGAGACAAAGGCGGCAUUGUCAUGAUAAACUUCUACAACGACUACGUAACAUGCAGCCCUACGGCCAACGUCUCCAAUGUAGCGGAUCACUUUGACUACAUAAAGAAAUUAGCUGGACCCAGUAUAAUCGGCUUUGGAGGAGAUUAUGAUGGAGUGAACAGGGUACCAACGGGUCUGGAGGAUGUGUCUAAGAUGCCGGUGUUGGUAGCAGAGCUGCUGGCAAGAGGAUGGAAGGAUGAGGAAGUCAAAGCAGCUUUAGGAGAAAACCUUCUCAGGGUUCUCAAAAAGACAGAGGAGGUGCGGGACAGUCUGGCCCUUGCUCCACCAGACGACGUCCCCAUUCCAUUGGAGAAGGUGCAGAACACCUGCAGGACCAGUUAUGGUUACCCUGACAGCAGUCACCCUGACAGCAGCUCGUGGGGCUCUUCUCUCAGCUGGCUGACUGUCCUCAUGUCUUUGUUUGCCUGCCUCCAGCUCAGAGAGCAUUAGAUGGGUCUGGCUGCCUGUCUCACUCUCAGAGAGGACUCGAAAGGUCUGGAAUAUAGUCCUGCAUACUUUGUCGGCUUAGCUCAGGAGGUAGAGCAGUUGUCUUGUAACUGAAAGGUGUUGAUGUGUCCCUGAGCAAGACACUUAACCCUAACUGCUCCUGACGAGCUGGCUGUCGCCUUGCAUUGAGACUUUAAUCGUACAAACAUUAAAUCACAGCAUGUUUUUUGAUUCAAAGUUCUGCCUAAAAUCAUACUAAAUUAGGUAUAACCUACUCUUACCAAUACAAUCCCGAAUGAGCAAUCACGUUAUCACACAUAGGACUCCUGGCAAAAUAUUUCUGUUUACUACGGAAACACACAUUACAGAAGCUAUGAUGGCCUAUAGUCACUUGAAAGGCCCGUCAUCUAUUUCACUCUAUGGCCAGCUACAGAUCAACUCCCUUGACGGUAGUUAUCUUUCCGGUUUAUUCCAGAAAGGUGCAUUAUUUUAACUCCUACAGUCAUUGUCUUUUAACCCUUUACUUGUUUUUCUUUUUGCCUCAGUCCAUUUCUUGCGUUUAAGCACUUUGGUGCGGCUCAGCCGUCUGUAAAUGCGCUUUAGAAAUAAAGAUUGACCUGACUCGUUGUAAUCUGAAUUAAAAUAACACGUUGUCCUCCAUACAGA